AUGGACCCCCUCCUCGACUUCUUCACCCGCCACGUUAUAUCAGCCUACACAACCGGCGACAGAACCCGAACAGGCCCCAAGCCCAACAAAACCACCACCACAGCCGACGACUACGAAGAAAACGACUUCCACUUCGGCAUCACCGACAACCUCCUCAGUCUCAUCUCCCGCAUCGCAACCCUCCACGCCCUCCCCCGCCCUGAAUCCGGCCUCACGCCCGCAACAACCAUCUCGGCGGCUCUGGCCAUCUGGCAUGACUUGCAGAACUGGAGACCGCCGACUAUGAUUCCGUCGCGCGAGUUUGAUGCGAUUUACGGGGCGUAUAGCUCGGCGCUGUUUAUCUGGUUGUAUUUGCUGAUUCACCCGGAUAACGUUACCGAUGAGAAGGUGCAGAAGAUGGUGAGGGAGGGGAUGGGCGAUCUGGAUGCCGUCCGCGGGGAGGGGUUGGGGUAUUUGCUUAUUCCGUUGUUUAUUCAUGGGUUGGCGGCUGUGGAGGAGGGGGAUAGGGGGGUUGUUGAGGAGGGGUUUAAGAGGGUGGAGAGAGUGGCGGGGUUGGCGGAGGUGAGGAGGUAUCGCGAUGUGGUGAGGGCGAGUUGGAGGUCGUAUGCGAGGGGUUUCAAGAGGAGUUGGGAUGUGGGCUAUGGGGCUGGAUGA